GUAAAGGAGGCAAGUCCGGACUGGCCCGACAGAACAACAAUGGAAGCUAAGGAAAAGGAGCAAGCCAGCUUUCCAAGCAGUCUCUCUGUUAAGACGUACAAAUCCAGAGAUGAACCUCCACACUUUAGCCUGGAAGAGAGGACUCCUUCAGGUGCUGAGACAGCCAGGAUGGAUGAUAAGAGUCAAAUUUCUGGAAAAACAGAUGACAAGAAUGUCCGACCAGGUUCAGCAAAAUCCCCUGCUGGUGAGCCACAGGCACAAAACGUGGACGACCUUGCACUUCCAACCCUGAUGGAAAACUGGACCACAGAAAAUGUCAAAGACUGGUUGAUCGGUCGACUUAGAGUACCACAGGGAAUUGCGCAGAAUCUUUUUGACCAAGCUUUCUCAGGAGCUUGUUUGGUCACCUUUGAGAAGCAGGACCUUUUAGAGCUAGGUGUUCCACCUGCUCCAGCUAUACAAAUCGUACGACAGGUUGAGAAGUUCAAACGUCAGUCAGAGACUUCUUCCGGGUUGAGAAUACCGAAGAGUCAUUACGAGCCAAGAGAGUGUGAUGGAUUGAAACGUUUAGAGAUCCAGGAAGUGUCAGGCAACAUUGAUGAAUCUAUGGAAACUGAAACAGUGUCAUCAGAUUCAGGAAUCCAAAGUAUUAGCUCCACACUAUUCAUGCUGCAGGAGGCAAGAAACAAAAUCAGAUCUGUAAUGGAUCAGAAAUCAUCAAACAACUCUACCUCUAACUCUAACUCUAACUCUAACUCACAGUUAGAUUCAGAAGUUACUGGCAGUUCAACUUUACCACCACUUAAGAAGCCUAUAUGUGAGAUUAGGCCCUUUGACAAAGAUAACUGGUCCAUUUUUUACACCCAAAAUGGCAUUCUUCCCCCAGUGGCUGGUCCAAGUAAUCUUCUUGACCCUGUCCAUGAGUACCAGCUGCUGCCUGGUGCAAAUGAAGCAAGCGAAAGAGAGACCCUUUUUGAGUUUACCAAGGAAGUAUUCUGUUUUGCUGCAAGCUGCAUGAAUUCACGAACAAAUGGCACUAUUCAUUUUGGAGUCAACAACCAGCCAGAACAGGGACAUGGUCAGGUAGUCGGGCACAAGCUCACCUCUUUCAGUAAGUAUGCUGAUGCAUUUAAAUCACAUCUGAGUGAUUUCUUUGAAGAAAAACAUGUAAAUACUGCAAGAAUGUGCAUCAGGCCUCCUAAGUUUGUUAGAGUGUACUGUGAAGAUGGGACUGCUUCAGACAAGUGGGUGAUUGAGGUUGAUGUAGUGCCAACAUAUUCACAGACUCUAGAGAAAACUUUCUACACUCUUCUGAGUAUUGAAUCAACAGAAAAAAAGCAACAAAGCAAAAUCAAAUGCCUCUUCGUCCGGGAUGGCCCAAGAUCAAUUAAUAUUUUGGCAGAUACUAAUCCUCGAAAAGUCCAAGAGGAAAUGAAAAGUGUGAUGGAGAAAGUGAAGUGCUGGGCAUCAGCACGAAAGGCAGCAGAGGAGAAGAAUGAAAAACCUCCCUCUCAAGGCAACCAGGGCCAAAGGCUGAAACAGCUGAUAACUCGUGGAAGAGAAGCAUUUGAAAACUCCAUUCAAGUGAUUCUUGUUACUGACAGAUGUCACCCGGACCAACUGGAGCACCUUGAUUUUUUGAAAGAGAUUAAGUUGUUUGCUGUACUUGAGUUUGACCCAGAGUCCGACGUAAAUGGAACAUGCAGUUUGUACAGAAGGGAUCGCAUAGGCAAUCUGCACUACCCACGUAUGUUCGACUCCCAAGACAGUAUAACUGCAACCAUUGAAAAGCUGAAUUUGUUUCACCAAACAAGUUGGGUCUUCUGCAACGGACGAGUGAAUGAAGAGAGUGAGACAGACAAGCCAUUGUCACAAAGUGAAUGGCUGAAAAGACGCUCUGGUGAGAUCAACAGCUUGGUUUCAUUUCUCUUCAAACCCGAUUUGCUCUCAAAAGAUAAACUCCUUGUGAUAAUCAUUCUUCACUCAGCUGUAAUGGACAUCUCAAGCCCUAUUUUGGAGGCUUUCUGUGCGAUCUAUCGAACACUGGAAGGAGUCGACAAUAUGUUGUGCAUAUGCAAAGACUCCACUGUGUUCAAUCACUGGAGGCAGCUUAUAGAUUGCCGCUGUAAGGAGGACAUCACCAGCAAAUGCAUCUAUGAAUUGAGUCUGAAUGAAAUAUCUAGCACCAUCAAAAAGCUGAAAGAACCCCAAACACAGUCUUCCAGGAGGUUCUUGCCAUCCACAGGCUCAAGCUCAGUGCUGCUGACAAGAAAGGAUGAAGAGCUGAUGACUGUUUUGGACAUCUUGUGUGAAAAUGAGUGUGAGAACACAGAAAUCGAAACACAGGAUUCAUUCAAGAAGUUCAAGAUAAAAUCAGAGGAAGACUUUUACAGAGGAGGACAAGUCACAUGGUGGAACUUCUAUCUUUCUGAAAAAGACAACCUGCCAUUCAUCAGUCGUGACACAUACAGUGAGUUGUAUGACCUUAUCACUCCUGUAGAAGGCUACACAAAUCCAUGUUUUAUCAUCAAUCUCUUCCAUCAUCCUGGAUGUGGGGGAACAACUCUGGCGAUGCAUGUUCUUUGGAACCUGAGAAGGAAAUUCAGGUGUGCCGUUGUUAAAAAUAACUCUGCAACAAAUCAACAAAUUGCAGCUCAAGUCAUAAACCUCCUGACGUAUGGCAAACAGGAGCAGUCAGGCUAUAAGCCUGUACUUCUCUUGGUGGACAACUGGGAUGAUGUUGAGGAUCUGAAGCAGUGCAUCAUGAAUGUCGCCAGUGUUAAGAAGCCACAUAACCAGCUCCUGGUGAUCAUACUGAACUGUGAGAGGACCAGGUUCCCCGACGAGAGCUCCAGAGAUAGCCGCACUGCGAAUGUGUUCAUCACCAAUAAGUUGUCAACCAAAGAGAAGGUUUUGUUUUCGGAGAAAUUCGAACAACUCAAGGACAAUCAUGAAAAGCCAGAAACGUUCUAUGCCUUCAUGAUCAUGACAAACAACUUCAGUGAGGAUUACAUCACAAAUGUGGUGAGCAACAUUGUGGCAGAUCUUGAUGUCACCACCCAAGAGGGAAGGCUUUUCUCCUUCUUGGCUUUGCUGAACACCUACGUCAACGGAUCCUGCAUGUCGCUGUCUUUAUGUGAGGAGUUGGUGGGGAUAAGAAAUGCUUUCUGGAAGCAAGAAAGUCUUGAUGAUAAAAUGAAUCCCUAUUCAACACUGAUGAUCACUUUCACUGUUGAGGAGCAUGGCAGCUAUCAAGCGGUACGGCUCUUGCACCCAAUGAUUGCAAAUAAAUGCCUUGAAGUCCUUACCCAAAGACACAAUCUUUCUCGGGCUGAGAUCAUUGUUGACCUUUUGCACUGUGACAAGCUCUACAAAUCAUGCAUGGGAAAGGAUUUCCUGGUCCAAACUAUCCAAAGCAUGCUUGUCACACGUCGCAGAAAAGAGCAAGGGGAUGACAAGGACACAUUUUUCUCUCCGGUGGUUGAGGAAAUACAUGAGACAGAAGGAUCUGACAAAAUCAAAGAUGUCUUGGAAAAAGCAACACUCAGGUUUGACAAAAGUGCAACACUGCCACAAGCACUGGCAAGAUAUUUCUGCUUGAGAGAGAAAGACUUCAAAUCAGCCCUCAAAUGGGCUUUGGAUGCACGGAGUAAAAAGUCAAACUCCUACAUUGCAGAUACUGUCGGGCAAGUUUAUAAAGGCCACCUCAAAAAGGAAAUUGAAGAUUCUGAGGAUCUCACUCCAGAUACACUUGACACAAUUCUGAAACUAGCACACUCUGCUGUUGGUGCAUUCAAGGAUUCACAGGAGUUAGCCAAGAAUGAUGUUUUGGACACCCAUGAUGUGCGCCACAAAAAAAGGCACACGUCCUUUAAUACAUCAGGCUAUACUGGGGAGAUAGAUGUUACGAUGACCGUUCUUGACAUCAUUACAGAACCUCCUGUUUUUGACUCAAGUGACAGUCACAAGCGGGAUAAAAUGCUACAGUUCCUCAAAGGUCAACACCCAGUGAGCAGUCUAAAUGACUCAAGCAACCCAACCAUUUGCCAGUUUGUUGCUGUCCUGAGAGUCCAUGAGAGAUUUCUUGUCUCUUUGAUGCCAAGGCUAAAGGAAAUCUUCAAUUACUUUGAAAGCUACUUCACAUACCUAAAACCUAGGUCACUUGAAAAGGAAACGGCUGAUGAUAGAAACAAACGAAAGGUUUCUGAGCACUUCAAAAAAUACUUGCAAAUAUUUAGCAUAUCAGCAAAUGAGAAAGCAUCUGAAAAGGCCAGCAAACCCAAUCUCAGUCUGCGGCAAGAGAUAGUGGACCAGAGGUACUAUCUGGAAACAAAAAGAGCAGAUUCAUUUGCUGGACUGCUGCAGCACUUGAAUGACAAAAGUCCAACAGAGAUGGAGCACAUCCUCAAAAAAUGGCAAUUUGUCAUUGAGAAAUCCCCCACAAGGAGUGUAUCAGAUACAGUCAACUUUAUCCUGGCAAACAUUGUUCUUCACAGCCUCAAGCCCUCCUCCACAUCGCUGAAAAAAUAUGAGGAGUUGGUUCUUCUCCUCAACGAAGCACUGCAAAAAGAGGGCACUCAUUCAAAGCUGACAGAGAUGUACUACCUCUCUAUGUUGUUGAUGUGGCCGUCAAAGGACCAGAGGCUUGAGAGUUUAGCAACGCACAGAAAUAUCAGUAUGUACAUCACAUCAGCCAAGAAAUCUUUUAAGCGCCGCUUCUCUUACAUGUUUCCAGCAAGGAGUGCUAUUGCUCAUUUCUUCCUUGGGAAAUCUGACGGACUCAAGCGAAUUGUCUCCAAGGUGAAGCUUGAUCACAUUUUGAUGAGUGUUUCGAGGCAGCAAGCCUCCUGCAGUGGCCAGAGUAGUCAACAACAUAAACCUCACUUUCUGUGGCAGAGCGGAGCUGCAUGGAAUGAACCAGAGAUCCAGAAGAAGUUGUUAAGAGUUCAGGGACAUUCAGAACAGGGGGAAAUUUUUGUCAACUACGGUGGCAACCUUAGAAUGCAGGUGCGUCCAGUUUACCUGGGUGAUAUUCGAAGCGGAUACAGUCGGGAGCAAGUAUCCUUCUACCUUGGUUUUACCAUGGAAGGCCCUGUAGCCUAUAAUGUCAAGUAUGAAAAUGAGCAAUGAGGACAAGUAACUGGCACUUGUUUUAAUGCACAUACGAACACAAAAACGGUGCAUAGCAUAAAAAAGCCACAUUGAGACUAUCAAGGACAUGGUACAGCUGUUUGAUGACAAAAGUUGAAACACCGGUACUUGCAGAUUCUACAUGAGUGUCUUUUAGCCCAAAGCUCAGUGGCUUUGGGUGAUUGUCAGUGGCAUACUGGCCAAAAUGUAAACUGUUCAAAAGCUCAGAGACUGACAGGAACGCACACUGUGGGUGAAUAUCUUUCAGCCAGGCUUUAGACUCUUAGUCUAAAAUUGGUUGUAAAGAGUCCAUCAUUGAAGAGUCAUUACUAAACCAAGCAGUCUUAGUUGUAUGUCAUCAACUGAAUCCUCUAUAGCAUACGUGCCAACACUCCCAGGUUUUUCUUUUUCCUGUAUGUCAAUGUCCCCCAACCGCUUUGUUGUUUCCAGGAAAACUCUCCCUUCAACCAACCCCCCAAGACUAUCACCACCUCCCAUAUUUAGAAACCCAAAUGUAUGUUAUUGUUUGUUGUUUUUUUUUUUUUUGUUUGUUUACUGUUGCUUAUGUAUUAUGUAAUGAAGCACUUGCUGGCCUCUGAAGAAAACCAAGUUCAGACUCCAGCUUGGUGCAUCACCGUGUACAGACACAGCAUACUGUCAGCUGAUUUUUAACAAUGUAAUAACAAAAUGUUUUGAAUCCACUUUUUAUACAACACGUUUGUUUUGAAUGAACAUCUGGAAAAUGUUAAUAGAUGCACAAUACAAUGCUGUGGCUUCCCCUCUGGUGUCAGUUCUGGACUGUUUGAUGUCAUUGACUUGUGUAUCUGUUGAAGUCAGGUGAUGAAAUGUGAAGAGGUGGGAUUUAGAUGGAGAAGGAGGUCAAUCAAAUGCAGCACAUUUAUCCAGGUGUUUUUUUCUUGUGAUUGAUGAUUGAUGUAUUGACCUGACCUGUCAUGCAUUUGUGCUUGAAAUCAAAAAAAUAGUUCUGGUGUCUGGAAAAAAACACACCAAAUACUGCUGAACAAGAAACCUGUGAAGUGUUUUAUAGUUGUUGGAACCCCAAAACUUAUCAAAUGUGAAAUAUUCCUCAGCAGGUUUAUUUUGAAAGUUUAAAAAGAUGUUGCAUAUUUGUCAUUGUUAACUUUUUAAUGUUUUUUUUUCAUUACAUGUUGAAUGAUUUUAGAACUUACGUGC